GUGUCUUGGUUUUGUUAUAUAAAUCUUUGGUUCAGACUUGUCUGUGGGAAAGGCGGAAGUAUGUUAGAAUCGGAUGGCGCGUUGAGUAGAGUUAAUGGAAAAUUGUAGCGUUGAAAGUUAAGCAAAACGGACUAAAGUUGUUAAUAAAGAUAGAAUACUAUCUAAUAAUGCCUCGUUCCUUGUUUGAGUACGUUUCAUGGAAAAGUAUUUGUUUUUGGGAGACCCAUUUGCGGUGAGGGAGAUAGAGGCUGCACUGGGAAAGAAACCUCAUCACACGAGAGCCUGAAGCGGCUCACGAGGGAACGAUGAUGCGUUACUGGGGCGAGAUCCCCGGGCCGGCAGGCGCCCCACCGAGCCGCAGCUCCUUCGACCUGCUCCAGCGCGAGUUCCGCUCGGUGGAGAUGCAGGACCCCCCUCUGCACCAGCCCUCGGCCCAGCGGCCCCGGCCCACCACCAUGCUGGACAUUCCCUCUGAGCCCUGCAGUCUCACCAUCCACACAGUGCAGCUAUGCCAGCACACCCGACGCCUCCGCAGCCUCCUGGCUGCAGCCCAGGGGAAAGGUCUGGUCCCCUCAGAGGGCGGUGGUGCUGGAGGAAGUAGCAGGCUGGAGGAAGGGGAGGCUCUGCCCCCAAGGCCACCCACACCGCCGGCCGCCCCCGAUGACCUGCUGCCCCUGGACAGCAAGGCACCCUGGCAGCCCUUCCAGCUCUGCCACAGCGACCCUGAGAGUGACUUUUACAUGGGAAAAGGUGAGCCCGUCACGGAGCUGAGCUGGCCCUCGUGCCGACAGCUCCUGUACCAGUCAGUGGCCACAGUCCUGGCCCACGCCGGCUUCGAGUCGGCCCAGGAGAGCGUGCUGGAGACCCUGACUGACCUGGCCCACGAGCACUACCUGCGCCUCAGCCGACUGCUGCGCACGGCCGCGGACCGCGAGGCCCGCCUGGGCGCCACACCCUUCCCGGACGUGGUAGAGCAGGUGUUCCACGAGGUGGGCAUCGGCAGCGUGCUGGCCCUGCAGCGCUUCUGGCAGGUGCGCAUCAAGGACUACCACAGCCACAUGCUCCAGGUCAGCAAGGAGCUGUCGGAGGAGUAUGAGCGGCUGGUGAACCCUGAGAAGGCCCUGGAGGACUCCAAGCCCCCGCGGAUCAAAGAGGAACCAAUGAAUGACAUUGCCUUCCCCGUCAGCGAGGAGCCAGAGGCGGACCAGGCCUCUGGGGAUCAGGCCCUCCCCAUGGGGGUUCUGGGGGCCCCAAACGAGAGGCUGGCUGGGGGCCUGGAGGGGGAACACUCACCACACACCUCAGGCAGUGGUGUUGCCAUCAGCUCCCCCUUGUGGCACCUGUCGCAGGUGAAGAUGGAGCCCCAGGACAGCGAGGAGGGCCAGGUGUCAGGCCACGGGGUACUGGGAGGUGAUGUGUUCGAGGAGGGAGGGCCCAUGUCCACCAUGAGCGAGGCAGACGGCAUGGCGCCCUCGCCCGGAGGGGCGGCGUCGGACGGCAGCUACGCCUCGCACUCUCCCGACUCACUCAUGAGCACGUCACCCGUCUUCAACCAGAGGCCCAGGAAGCGCAUGAAGAAGAUAUGAGGAGCCUCAGACUCGCGGAGGUAGCCAUUUUGUGUCAAGGUAACAUGGGCACAUAGUGGCCAUACGAAACAUUGCAAGGUUGCAAACAAAUUCCUAUGCCGUUGUCCAUUUUCCCCGAACAGAUCUGAAAGUAUUGGAUAGGUCUCAGCACGAGGGCCAUGCGCGCUAGUUGGUGGCAGAACAUGGGAGUUAUUCUAGAAUGCCAGCAAAAAAAAGCCUCUAUUUACAUGUUGCUUAUGAAUGCAUUUCACACUACUUUUGGAUUAUAAUUGGAUUUUAAGGCUCGUGUGAAUGUCCUGCUUUAUAUAAUAUGUGUGUCAUCAUCGCAAAUCAACUGCAUUAUACGUAAAAAAAAAAAACACUUAACCUUCAACCAGUAAAAUGGCUCUAUGACAAUGAGCGUUAGCAUUCUAGCGAACAACUGCUCCAUGCAAAAUAGUUAUUUUGCAAAGAUCACAAACAAAUGUAAUCUUAGCGACUGUUCAAGCAUUGUAAAAGUUAUUUUGUUUAGAAGUAAUAAAAAAUGUAAUAUAAUCUGUUGAAUGAGCGCAGCCAAGAGUCGCGCACAUCUGUGGGUGACGUCAGUGUGUUGUGUACUGGAAAGGGGUCUAUAUGUCCUAGUGUUGCACGGUAUACCGGUACCACGGUAAUAUCACAGUACCAAAACGUCAUGAUACCAACAUUUACAAAUACCAGUACUACCACAUAUUUCGCCCCCAUCGAUCUAAAGAACCCACUGGCGCCUGUUCUAAAAUGUUUACAAAGUCAGUUUUGUUUAUAAAUACAGUUAAAUUUAAGCGAACUAGUCUUGUAUGUGCCAGUCCAAUAAAGUCCACUUCACUUUCAUGCGCAUAUCACGUGUGGCAGCUGUAAUCCGCCAGCCACAUCCCCUAUCAGCCCUUACUCACCUGCUUUUCUCCUUCCGCUCUAUUUCAUCAGUUUUAUAAUAUAAUUUAACUGUGAUGGCAAGCGGGGAUGCAGACCCCGAGGGGUCUUCAGUUAAAUGUUGAAGCAGAGCGAGAAAAGUUAAUACAUUGUCAAAUUGUAUUGGUCACAUACACGUGUUUUGCAGAUGUUAUUGCGGGCGUAGCGAAAUGCUUGUGCUUCUAGCUCCGACAGUGCAGUAAUAUCUAACAAGCAAUAUCUUAACAAUUACACAACAUAUACCCACAAAUCUAGUAAAGGAAUGGGAUUUAAGAAUAAAAAAUAUAUAAUUUCAUCCCUGGUAUAACCAGGACCACAGUCCAAUUUGAGUAGGCUUUGCAAGUUCGCUGUCAUGCAGCCUCUUUAAAUGCCAGAGAGGAAAAGCAGCUUGGCUAAAGACAUGAUUGCAGUAUUACAGCAAAGAAAACAGCUUGUCUAGCUCAAACGGUUUUAAAAAAAUUAUAUAUUCCUGCGCGAUUUCAUGCACAUUUUUUUUUUCCAAAUCAUUUCACAAACCAUGUUGCGGGCCGUUUGAAUCCAGGUUCGAAUAAUUAUUGAUUUGAUAAGAAAGAAAAAAAACGUUGUUCAGUCAUGUUACCUAGCUAACAAUCUUGUAACUUGACAGUAGGUCUAGCCAAAUUUGAUUGCCACAGGAAGAAAGGAAAAUGAUCUGCUACUCAUGAGAUGUGCUUCAAAAGGGUAGGAUUUAUAUAAAUGUGUUGUAUUGAGUAGAAGUGUGAAUAUCAGUGAGUUUUUUUGUGUGUAGCAUAUGCACAUAACGUUUAGAAACAUGAACAAGCGUCAGUGGGGGAUGGGGCGAACAGGACGCUAGGCCACUGAUUUUUUUUUCCUCUGGUGUUGCAAUACUACUCGGUAUUGUGAUACUUGGGUUGAUAUCGUAUCGUUAGUAAAAUGUUGGUAUUGUGACAACACUAAUAUGACCAAAACGUAACCCAGUGUCAGCCAUUUUGCAUACUUCUAUCCAAUCCUUUCAGAUACUAUGGGGGUAUAUGGGUGCUGGGUUGGCUUAGAUUUGGGUGUGUGUCGGAAAGGCUGUUGAUUAGUAGAGGUGGCCAUUCUAUCUACUGAACUGGGUGGUCAUACAAAGUUCUUCAGAAGGACCAUUGAGAGACUGCAGAAUGCAAAUGGGUGGCCAUGAAAGGAAAUAACAAGAUGGUGCGGUUACACACAUUCUGUGGAUCAGGUAGUACUUAUUUUCUCUAUUUUCAAAAUGAUUUAAUGGCUCUUAGUUUUGUUUUUUUCUACCAACUCCUCACUUGAUGAACUGAUGGUGAAGACAUUGUAGUUUAUGUUCUUGCAUAUAGGAAACAUUAGUUGGAUAAAUGCUUUCUUUGAGAUGGUGUUAAUUUAAUGUUAAAAUGAAUAAAUGCCUUCUUUAUGUCAAAA